AAAGAGCUCGGAAUGUUGUAGAGCAACCAAAAACUAUUAACAUUUCCCACUUGGUAAGGCCUAGCUUUGGGGAGAUCUUGCUACUCUCUUUGCUUCUCCUUUGUGUCCGCAAGAUCUCCUCUUCUUCUCCUCUCUCUCCAUUUUCCAAUCCCAAAUUCCCCCUUUUUCAAGAUCCAUUGACACCCUUUUCGAUUCCUUUAAGAAAACUCACCUUUUCCCCCAUUAAUUUCGCUUAUUUGCUGUUUUUCUUGAAGAAUUUCAAGGACUGGGGUUGAUACUCAAUUACCCAGAAAGAAAACGACAUGGGUUUGCUUUCAAACCCCAAAUUUAUAUGGAUCUUGUUACUUCUCAUCAGUAUCCCUUUGAUUUCGGCUCAGGAAGCUGGGGAUGAAACUCAAAUUGUUGAGUCAGGGGGAAGGUUCAAAGAUCUGGGGAGGCGGAGUAAAAUUAUAGUCGAGAAAAUUAAGACUGGUGCUGUGAGGGGUGACGAUCCAGAUUCUAUUGAUUUUGUUCUGGACGUGGACUCUAAUCUUGGCACUCUUGAUGCCUUAUUUGCUAGUUUGUCAAUGAUUCUUGUCAGCGAGAUUGGUGACGAGACAUUUAUAAUAGCAGCUCUGAUGGCAAUGCGUCACCCCAAAUCAAUCGUUUUAUCCGGUGCGCUCAGCGCCUUGUUUGUUAUGACUAUACUUUCUACCGGGCUUGGGAGGAUAGUGCCAAAUCUGAUAUCAAGGAAGCAUACAAAUAGUGCCGCUACAGUUCUUUAUCUCUUUUUCGGGCUUCGACUUCUCUAUAUUGCAUGGAGAUCAUCAGAUUCAAAGGCUUCCCAGAAAAAGGAAAUAGAGGAAGUGGAAGAGAAACUUGAAGCUGGACAGGGGAAAGCAGCUUUCAGGCGAUUCUUUUCUAGAUUCCUUACACCCAUAUUUUUGGAGGCCUUUAUCUUGACCUUUCUGGCAGAGUGGGGAGACCGUAGCCAGAUAGCAACAAUUGCUCUAGCUACACACAAAAACGCAAUUGGAGUUGCUAUUGGGGCAACAAUAGGACACACUAUAUGUACUUCAGUGGCAGUGAUAGGUGGAAGCAUGCUUGCAUCCAAGAUCUCACAACGAACAGUAGCUACAAUCGGAGGCCUACUUUUCCUCGGGUUUUCCUUGUCAUCGUAUUUCUAUCCACCUCUAUGAUUUUGACUUCAUACAAUCUAAUUCUCCAGGAAUCGCGUUGCUCCAAUCUUGUCUCGGUUAUUCCAAAAGUAGGCUUAAGAGGAAAACAAAUUAUUUGUACUACAGGAGUUUAACCUUGAUUUUUUUUGUGUGUAAAUGCAAGCAUAUUGAAUAUGUUUUACAUGAAUCAGAAAAAUUGGCAGUUGUCUUAUGUUUA